CCGCAGUCGACGAGUAGUAUGAGAUCAGUCCGUGUCGGUACCGGAUGUACCUUGCUUUUGACAUCGAAGCCCUAUAACUCUGGAAUGCGAUAUGUGUUGUCAGCAUUCGGCCUCGACAGGCAUUCCGCAGAUGAUAUAUGUACAGUCCGCCGCCAUAUCCGCUAGAUGAACUGGUAAUAAGGGUGUUGGUGGGAUUGCAAAAGCUACCGUGCAACGCUGCUGUGCGCCGCUGUGCCACUUUUCAUAUCCUUGAUUAGGCUACACGAUCUGCUGCAAUUCCAAUGUCUGCCUGCAAUGAUCAGCAUAAUCAGCAUACCUGUGAUGAGGUACCCCUCAUUCAAACCUAGUUGUAUUACAAAUUUUAUGCUUGAAUUAACUACUUGAGCUCUCAUGCUUGCUCGCUUUCCCGGUUUUUGCGGUCUUUUUCUUUCUCUUCCCUCCUUUUUCCAUUUCUAUUUUUCUUUGGUCACUUCCAAGCCAUGUGAGACAUCAGCUGCAAACCGUCCAGUUCUCCUGACUCCAACCGCCCUCCCCGACGUGCUUGGCCUCAAGUAAUCUCCUCAUCUCUAAGUGGACCAGCCAAGGAGCCAAGAGAAGUGGCUAGGAUUCAACCGACGUUGUUGGCGAUACGCUUAUCGUGAGCACUAGUGUCCUUGUAACUUGCAUCCAACUGAUUAGGCAAUGCUAUUCUUUGUCUUGUUCUUCUCUCCUUUCUGCUUUGUUUUAGAUUGUUCGUUUUUCUUUUCUUUCUUUUAAUAACGAAUUCCUGUUAGUAGUGCUUGGUCCUCGGCACAAUACCUUCAUCCGAUGAUACCCUUCCUAAGCGGGACUGCCGGAUGUUCAAUCUUGAUUGGGGCCACCAACCAAUAUCAGAUCAAUCAAUCAUAUGCGUCACAGAGUACUAGUAAAUAGUAGUAGGCUGAGUCAAGGAAAAUAAGAUGGAUUCCUAGACGAACGACUCGUAUCAUUGACUCCAAAAAAAAAGAAAACAAUUAAUAAUAGAAAACACCCAGUCAGAUACAUCACCGUCCCUCCAAUUCAAAAUAUGACUACCUUACAUACACGAACUAUGUAUAGUAAUAAGUAGGGCCAAAGCUCGAUCCUUCGACUGCGCCCACCAACUUUAUCUGCGACCUCCGACUAACGUGACUGGACAAUAACUUCCCGGACUAUAGCCAUCAUUGAAAAGAAUUUUAGAUUCACCACAAUCUCUCCCAGAAAGAGAUAAGCAAGUAAAUAUCAAUAUUGAUCAAAGUCUUCUGGAAAAGACCUGAGUGCUUUGACGGUCGAAUAGAGUAUAUACUGGGAUAAUAUUAGUGAGCAAUGCCGGAUUUUCCGGUCUUGUGCCUUACGUGGCAUUGGGCAUGGGGUUUGCAUAUGACUGCUCACCUUACCUUGAUCAGAAAAAAGAAGUAGUAAGUCAAGGUGUCUUCAAUGCGGGCUUUUUUUUCUUUUCUUUUUUUAAGCUUACACCCCCCUCCUCAUCGGAGUUUGGAUAAGAUUCGUCAAGCUUCUGAUAGUUUGAUUACGAUUAGGUGGUGGACUAUAUGUAUGUAUGUAUGUACAUUACUACAUACAUCAUGGUACAGUACCAGCGAGAUCCUCGGAGAAGAAGAGAGGAAAGUUGGAGGGGCAUGCAUUAAAUUGAGAUAAUCAGUCAAACCAAAUGAUCUACUCUAGUAGACAGACACUCUAGGGAAGUUGCCGAAUAAGGCCAUACGGGCGGACAUUUUUAAUAUUAGGUUGAAGUGCCAAUUUCUUGCGUACCAGACUCCCUGUUACAUGGCUAGUUUCAGGUGGACAAAUUAUAGGUGUUGGAGUUGAAGUCCGAACACCUUCCAGUUCCAUCAUAGUUUAGUGAAUUUUUUUUUUUUAAAUUUUUUUUGAGUUGUAGAUUACCUAUUGUAUAGUCGGCUGCUUUAUUUU